GUCACCAUUUGCGGCGUCGUAUUAAAGCGUCUCCGGUUACCAAUAUCAAUCACCGAAGCAAAGUUCAGCACUUUACCAGCAAACACUCUUCCUUUUCGUGAAACAAAAGAAAACCUCGCAUUAUGUCCGGCAUGGAGAGGCUGCAGAGGAUGUUCGCGGGUGCAGGGGGAGCCCUGGGCCACCCCCCACCCGAUUCCCCCACCCUCGAUUCCUCCGAGCAGGUUUACAUCUCCUCCCUCGCGCUUCUCAAAAUGCUCAAACACGGGAGGGCUGGUGUGCCCAUGGAAGUGAUGGGUUUGAUGUUGGGCGAGUUCGUGGACGAGUACACUGUUCGCGUUGUGGAUGUGUUCGCGAUGCCUCAGAGUGGGACCGGUGUUAGCGUUGAAGCCGUUGAUCAUGUUUUUCAGACUAAUAUGCUCGAUAUGUUGAAGCAGACUGGAAGGCCGGAGAUGGUUGUGGGGUGGUAUCACUCUCAUCCUGGAUUUGGGUGUUGGCUUUCUGGAGUGGAUAUUAAUACACAACAGAGUUUUGAGGCUUUAAACCAACGGGCAGUGGCUGUGGUGGUAGAUCCUAUUCAGAGUGUUAAAGGCAAAGUGGUGAUUGAUGCUUUCCGGCUGAUUAAUCCACAAACUAUGAUGCUGGGUCAGGAACCACGACAGACAACUUCCAACCUGGGUCAUCUAAACAAGCCAUCUAUCCAAGCUCUGAUCCAUGGCUUGAAUAGACAUUAUUACUCCAUAGCAAUUAAUUACAGAAAGAAUGAGCUUGAAGAGAAGAUGUUGCUUAACCUUCAUAAGAAGAAAUGGACUGAUGGUUUGACACUCAGGCAUUUUGAUUCACAUUCUAAAACUAAUGAACAGACUGUUCAGGAGAUGCUAAAUUUAGCAGCAAAGUACAACAAGGCAGUGCAGGAGGAAGACGAGCUGCCACCAGAAAAACUUGCAAUUGCAAAUGUGGGAAGGCAAGAUGCUAAGAAGCACCUUGAAGAGCAUGUUUCCAAUUUGAUGUCUUCAAACAUUGUUCAGACUUUGGGAAUGAUGCUCGACACAGUUGUUUUCUAGAGUUUGCAUAGUCCAAUGUAUUCUCCCUUAAAAUGGUUAGCAACAUUUCAUUAAUACUCUGGACAAGUUUGUUAACAGAAAACGUUUCAUCCAAGCUUUUGCAUUCUGUGCGUUCAUUUAAAAUGUCGAAGCAACACGAGUUAGAGAAUGAGAAUCACACUUCAAUCUCUCUUGAUGUAAUGGAUAUCUUCAUAAUCCUGUACUAGAAUUUUAUUUAUUUAUUUGGCAGCAGUAGGAUUUUCUUUCUAUAUAAACAGUGUUGAUUCAGUCGUAAGUGAAAACACACUGAGCCAUUAAAAACUGCGUGUGAAAGCAGUAUAAAUUUACAAUAU